AUAACGUGCGCUAAAAAUUGGCCAAAUCCUAAACUAAACCGCCUACCUGACCCGGCCUAUCAGUUCUUCCACCGGUUAAUUUACCCUAAUAAUGUUGGAAGCAGCAGAAAAUCAUGGAGAUUAUUUCGAGAGUUACGAAGACUUGGAGAUUCAUCAAUUGAUGCUGAUGGAUAAAGCCCGCCAGGAUGCCUACCGGAAUGCAAUUGUUGGCAAUAAAAGCCUGUUUCAGAAUAAAACCGUUCUCGACGUCGGUACGGGAACGGGAAUUCUGUCCAUAUUUUGCGCCCAGGCCGGAGCGAAAAAGGUUUACGCCGUCGAAGCAUCAAAAUUGGCCACACUCGCACGGCAGGUUGUUUUAGAGAACGGUUUCGAAGGAACGGUGGAAGUUUUUGAAUGCAAAAUAGAGGACUUCCAAUUGCCGGCUGGAGUUGACAAGGUGGAUAUAAUUGUUUCCGAGUGGAUGGGAUUUUUUCUGCUGCACGAGGGAAUGCUCGAUUCGGUUAUCCUUGCGAGAGAUAAAUUUUUAAAGACGAAUGGGCUAAUGUUUCCCGAUACUGCAACUAUUUUCGUAGCACCCUGCAGCGUUCCUAGUCGGUUCGACACGUUCGAAAACUUAUCUGGCGUUAGCAUGCGCUGUUUUGGACGAGAACUGCGGAAACAAAAGUCAAACAGGCCGGAAGUUAUAAAUGUUUCAGCCGACCAUCUGCUGCACGAGGGCCAUAUAAUGGCUUGGUUGGACCUGAAGGAGGUCAGCGUGGAAGAUUUGAACUCAUUUGAAAUGAAGGAGGUAAUGGUUAUCCAGAAAACGGGAAAGUUUCAAGGUGUUUGUCUUUGGUUUGAUUGUACUUUUCCAAGCGGAGAUCCUGAACACCCAACAACGGAAGUUGUUUUAUCAACUAGCCCCAACACUCUACCGACGCAUUGGAAACAAAGCGUGAUUCUGCUACCUGAGGAUGCUUGCGAAGAUGUAGAGAAACUUGAUCCGAUAGCUUUUAAUCUUAAUCUGAGCAGGAGUGCCGACCAUGCAAGAAGGUAUAAUCUUCAACUAACAUUACUGGACGCCGAAAAGGAAGAGCAUAGCUUACCUUGCGAUUGUGUUAUGACCAAAUGCAUCUUGAUGAAAGCUCACUUGCAAAAAAUGGAAGUUGAUCAAUAAAUAACAUUAAAUUACGUCGCUUCUGUAACCUGAGUAUUGU